AUGGUGGUUAUGGUGGUAGUUCCGGCGGCGGCGGUUAUCCGGCGACGGCGACGGUGGUUGUCCAGCGAUGGUGACAGUGGUUGUCCGGCGACGGUGGUUGUCCGGCGACGGCGGCGGUGGUUGUCCGGCGAUGGUGACGGUGGUUGUCCGGCGGUGGCGGCGGCGGUUUUCCGGCAACGGCGGUGGUUGCCGGCGAUGGUCGUUAUGGUGGUGAUUCCGGCGGCGUCGGUUUUCCGGCGACGGUGGUUGUGGUUGUCCGGCGGCGGAGGUGGUUGUCCGGCGGUGGAGGUGGUUGGCCGGCGGCGGAGGUGGUUGGCCGGCGGCGGUGGUUAUCCGGCAGCGGUGGUUGUAGUGGUGGUUAGUGGUGUUAGUGGUGGGGAUAAAAUUGUAAUAAUAUAUAUUACAUAUGUUAUAUUGUUAGGUUGUUUUUAUUGGUUAGUUUGUUAA